AUGCCAAGCCUGAGCACGAAGGACUACAGCGUGGGCUGGAUUUCGGCCAUCGAGCCAGAAUAUGUUGCGGCAGAAUUAUUUCUGGAUGAACCACACGAGCGCCCUACCGAUUUAUCGUCUGAUGACGACAACGAUUAUACUUGGGGCAGGAUCGGGCAGCACAAUGUGGUCAUCUCCGCUCUUCCAAAGGGAGAAUACGGCAUAUCUUCAGCUACUGGCGUUGUGAAGGAUAUGAUCCGUAGCUUCGCCAAUAUUCGGGUUGCCCUCAUGGUUGGCAUCGGCGGUGGUGCACCAAGCUCAAAGCAUGACAUUCGGCUUGGUGAUAUAGUUGUUGGGGUUCCUGGUCAAGGCGAAGCUGGCGUUCUGCAAUAUAACUUUGGCAAGACAAUCCAAGGCGAAAGCUUUAAGCCCACUGGUUUCAUCCGAGCACCGUCUAGAUUCCUACUUGGGGCGGUACAGGGACUCAGCAAACAACACAAGAUCAAGGGUCAUAAGAUUGAGGAGAUGGUCAACGAAGUUCUCAAUAACUAUCCGCGGCUGAGAGCAGAAUUUGGACGGCCGGAACUUGCGACUGAUCGACUAUAUAAGAGUGAUGUUGUCCAUCCGUCUGGUAGCGAAGCACCUUGCCAUACUGCUUGCAGCGAUGAUAAAUCCUCGUUAAUUAUCAGACGUGAGCGUUCCGGAUAUGACGAUAAUCCCAAGAUCCACUACGGUCUGAUCGCAUCCGCCGACAAUCUUAUGAAGGAUGCUCAGAUUAGGGAUCGAUUUGUCAAAGAAAACGAUGUUCUAUGCUUUGAGAUGGAAGCAGCUGGUUUGGUCAAUCAUUUCCCUUGUCUUGUGAUACGUGGUAUCUGUGACUACUCCGAUUCCCACAAAAAUAAAGAGUGGCAAGGCUAUGCGGCGAUGGUUGCCGCGGCCUAUGCUAAGGACCUGCUAAAUCGGCUUGCCCCGGCUCAAGUUGAGAAAGAAACAAAGGUCACUCUAGUGCUGUCGGCUGGGAAUACCUAUAAUAAUGGGGACACCUAUAGUAAUACCAUCACGUUCGGGAACAACAACCGUGGCUUCCAAGUUGGUCAAAACAGCGGUACAAUUACGCAGGGAGCAGCCCAUUCAGGUUCAAAUUGGUGA